AACACUGAAACAGAUGGUUCUGUAGAGGUAAGUCCAGAUGAACAGGAUGAAGAACCAACCUUGUCUAGAGCCAUCAAAGGCCAAAACAGAAUGAUGCUUCUGAAAGCCAAAGGUAAAGACCUCAAAGCCUUCCUGGAGCCCGAGGCAGCAAAAGAUGAGAAGGACAAUGAAAGAGCAGUCAAAGGGCAAACCCAAAAAAUGCUCUUGCGGAAGGUUAAGUUGGCAUCUUUACGGAACAAAACAAAUAAGAUGAGAGCAAAGACUGAAGAGGAGGCAUCUGAGAGCGAGGCAGCUGAUGUUGAGGCCAACAAAGUCAAGGACCGUUUAAUUACACGGAAAAAAAGCAUAACGACUCUUCGAAGAGUUUCUGGUUGGAUUCAGAAGAAAAUGCCAAGAAGCAUUAAUUUAAGAAAAAAGAUUUCUGCUUGGGCAAAGGCUAUUGGGUUAUCCCGCUGGCUCUCUCUUCGGGCCUCCAAACGGAAACAAGCAGCCAAGAAAUCCAAAGGCAAUAUCCUCAAACAUAGGAUGGCCAUGAGAGUUGCCAGUAAAACCAGUCUAGCCAGUAAGAAAACCAGGAGCUCCUCAGAAGUGGCUAAAGACAACGUACAAGGAAUGGCAGCAGAAGGAGGGGAAGAGGCAGCUCCAGCUGGGGAGAAAGAGUUAGAGGCCAAAUAUGCAGUGGUACUUCCAAGAAUGAACAAACUGGGCAAAGUAAAGAUAGGUCAGUCAUUGCAGGCAGGCCAAGGACCGGCUCCUCAAUCCGGCUCCAGUGAAACAUCAGCAGGACCCACAACAGCUGAGCCUAAACCCCCAAAACCAGGUGCCAGGCUUGUACUCCCAGUCAAACCAGAUCUCAGUGUCCUUAAAUCCAUCAAGAAGCCCCUGCCAGGAGGUUUAACAUCAGGCGGCGAUGUGGCAGACCGGAGUCCUGGGUCUAGUGUUGGUGCAGCAGGUCCAGAGGGAUCCACUAACACAGAGGACCGAAACAGGAGAGCUGCCUCAGAAAACCAAGAUGGAGUCAGUGUACUACAAGCAGCAAGAGGAAAACUGGGACCCUCCCAGAUAAAUCUGACUAAGAUGUCCUUGUCUGGGGGGACUCUAGGAACCAGACAACAUCAUCCAGAUCCAGAAAGAGAAGCUGGACUACCCAGAUCCACUGCUCAGCCUGUUUCAAAUGGAGAGGCAGGUGCAUUAAUGUCAAAUGUCGCCUUGUAUGAAGAGGAAACAGACAGGGAGGUGGCUCAGCUGAUGGGUGAGGAGGGGAUGUCUAUUGCCCAACCAGAGGUGCACUGGGCGGGAAACCCACGGAUGAGCGGAGACCCACAGGACUGGCUGCGUGCUGAGAACUUGCUGCCCCACCAGACAGUGGAGAAGUUAACCAAGUGGACGGUCUAUGAUGACGAGGGACAGGCCAAGAGUAUUCCAGCCCACAAUGGCAGGGGUCCAUGGGAAUCAGAAGACCCUGCUCAGGAGAUGCUAGAGAGUCGACUUAUCAGCACACAGGUGUUGAUGCCAGGUAGCAAAAGAGCUGUAGAGGUAGAUGAGGUGGAGGACCUAUCACAGCUGGAAGAGGUCUGCGAAAGCUCUGUUCUUCUGAAUCUGAAGAAAAGAUUUCAACGUGACUGUAUUUAUACUUAUAUUGGAAACAUGUUACUGUCCAUUAACCCCUUUAAGCCCCUUAAUAUCUACACAGAGGAUGUGAGACAGAGAUACCAGGGCAAGGAGCAGCAGAGGAACCCACCCCAUGUGUACGCCAUAGCCGAUGCAGCCUUUGGCCACUCUCAGGUCACCACUCAGGAACAGUGUAUAAUUAUAAGUGGACAGAGUGGUUCAGGAAAGACAGAAGCAACUAAGCUGAUAGUCCACUACCUCAGCUCCAUGUAUCAGGGAAGAAAUGACAACCUCCGACAGCCCAUGGAGGUGUUUCCCAUCCUGGAGAGCUUUGGAAAUGCCAAAACCAUCCUCAACAACAACUCCAGCCGCUUUGGCAAGUACCUGCACAUCCACAUUCUCCACGGGGUUGUUGUAGGGACCUCACUGUCCAAAUAUCUCCUUGAGAAGUCCAGGGUUGUCUUUCAGGCCGUUGAGGAAAGGAACUACCAUGUGUUCUACGAGCUGCUGGCAGGUAUGAAUGACUGGGACAAACAGGAUCUCUAUCUGCAGGGUGCUGAGACCUACUACUACCUAAACCAAGGUGGUGCCUGUGAGAUGAAUGGGAAACAAGAUAAGCAGGACUUCCAGUUAUUAGUGCAGUGCUUUGAAACCAUUGGUCUGCAUGCUGAACAGAUCUCCACUAUCUGGGCCAUCCUCUCCUCCAUCCUGCAGCUCGGGAACAUUUGCUUCAGCUCCUAUGAGAGCGAGUCAUUCGAAGUGGCUCGGAUCUUCAGUGAGGCUGAAGCCAGGAGGGUGGGCUCCCUACUGCAGAUUUCCUCUGAGGCUCUGCAGACUGUCAUCACACACAGAGUCACUGAGACCACCUACGACAGGAUCUACUGCCCUCUGUCUGUGGAAAGUGCCAUAGAAUCCAGAGAUGCCAUUGCCAAAGCCUUGUCAGUGCUGUUUGACUGGUUGUUAGAGCAGAUCAAUGACUGGCUGAGUCCCACAGAGAUGGACAGCACCGUGGGGAUAGUGGACAUCUACGGGUUUGAGGACCUGGGAGUGAACAGCUUUGAACAGCUGUGCAUCAACUUUGCCAAUGAGCAGCUGCAGCACUUUGUCAACAAGGCAGUGAUCGCUCAGGAACAGGAGGAGUACAGUGCAGAACAGAUCCAGUGGUACCCAAUGCAACUCAAAAACUUCCACUCCUGCCUGGAGCUGAUGUCCUCCAGGCCUCAUGGCAUCCUCCGCAUCCUGGAUGACCAGACCUGCCUGCCUCAGGCCACAGAUCACACCUUCCUCCAGAAGUGCCACUAUCAUCAUGGGAACAGCCCCUACUAUGCCAAGCCCAAGAACCCAAUGCCAGUCUUUACUGUUUAUCACUACGCUGGAGCUGUAACCUAUCAGGUCCAUAACUUCUUGAAUAAGAACCACGACCAGUUCAGGACAGAAGUGGUGGAGCUUUUUGCCAGAAGUCGACUCAAGGUACAAUGAUUAUCAGAGUUGUUCAGGAAAGUUCAGGACGGUUACAUUCAACAGAGAGAGCUGGGCUGGAGAGGGAAGGGCCCUCCGCCAGCAGCCAUCCACUGCCGCUUCCAUUUCCUUCAGUCUUUAACUGAGCUCACCACCCGCCUGGAGAGAUGCAAAACCACUUUAUCCGCUGUUUUGAAGCCAAAUUACGUCAAGCUUCCAGGAAUCUUUGGGGAAUAUGUGUCAGCCCAACUAAGGCAUGCUGGGAUGUUAGAGACUAUCCACAUCAGAAAAGAAGGUUUCCCAGUCCGGAUUCAGUAUUCUUACUUUAUUGAAAGGUAUGGGGUGCUGCUGAACCAACGGACUGGAGAUUCAUCAGACCGAGGCCAGACGGUUGCUCUUCUGGACAUGAUUGGAGCAGAGCAGGGGCAGUACCAGCUGGGACUCACCAAGGUUUUCCUGAAGGAGCUCCUGUAUCAGCAGCUGGAGGACAAGUGGAGCAGCACCCAGACCUGGGCUGCCAUCACCAUCCAGAGGAACAUCAGAGGCUUCCUGUGCAGGAGGAAUUUCAGGUUCUUCAAACAGAAAGCCAUUGUCAUCCAGAGCCACAUCCGAGGACACCAGGCCAGGAAGUACUACAAGCGUCUGAGGCAGUCUUUUAACCAAUUCUGGGCGGUGAUGAUGAUAACCAGGAACACUAUCAAACGACGCCAUUGGAGGAAGGAUUUUCACGAGAGGAGUAAAGUAAAGGCAGUGACAAAAACAAAGUCUGUUGUUCCAGGGAUGGAUGUGGGGAUGUUGGAGAUCCCUGCUGAGCUGUCAGCCAGACUCCGAAGUGCAGCAGGGCGGCCACAUGUGUCAGGGGUCUCAGAUGUUGCACCUCCACAGGUGAGGAGUGAACAUAAGCUCACCCUGCCCCUGGAAGACAGAUAUCCAUUCUCUCGUUAUGCCAAGUCCAUAUUAAGGGAUUCAUGGUGCCAGCAUCAGGGAUCCCCCCUCCAGAGACCCCUCACCCCUCUAGAGCCUGAAGAUGCCAGAACUGCCUUGAGAUUCACAAACUGAUAUCUGAGGUUUACAGGCGAGUCAGACCUCAGCGCUGGCAAGGAGCAGAUGUUGGGCAACUACAUCGUGGAGAAGGGCCAGAGCAGACCAGCCUUAAGAGACGAGAUCCUGGCCCAGCUGGUCUACCAGACAUGGAGCCUGGGGGAUCAGAGCAGCCUGAGGGGCUGGCUGCUGCUGGUCUGCUGCCUCAGCGUAUUCACCCCCUCACCAACUCUGGACAAACCACUGCUCAAAUAUGUGUCUGACCAGGGUCCAGGGGAGUACCGUUCACUGUGCCAACACAAACUACUGACAUCUCUGCAGCUCCCACCUCCCACUACUCGUCUGUACCCCCCCACACAGCUUGAGUGGACCUCCAACCAGAGGAAAGGCAGUAUGCUGCUGGAUGUACACACCUUCAACGAUGAGAAAUUGACAACUGAAGUGGAGUCAUGGACCACAGGAGAGCAGCUGGCAUCGUGGCUUCUCCAUUUCAGAGGUGUUACAGAGGCAGUGCAGGGCUGGUCCGUGUCUCUAGUCACUGAUGAUGGCUGGUCAGACCUGGCUGGUUCAGACUUUGUCAUGGAUCUUCUGGCUGGAGCUGAAGCUGAGGUGCUGCCACCACCAGGGACCCCUUCAUCUACAAACUCAGACUAUCUGUUCAGCAGUCCAGGAGACAGGAUGCCAGCUUCAGAUCUGGAUGGUUUUAUCCCCCCAGCUCCUCCAGUGCAGGCUCCAGGGCUGCCCCCUUUUGAAGGAAACCCCUGGAGAAGAGAUUAUCCACAUGAAGGCCGGGGUCGACAGAUGGAUGCCUAUGUUGAUGACUUGUUUGAUCCUGUUCUGGACAAUGGACCCCCGGACAUGGAAAGAGUGGCCAUGCUAAACCGCAGAAUGAGAGGAGGAGGAGGCGUUGGACCCAUGCAGCCUGGCAUGUAUGGAGCUGGUAUGCCUAUGACAAUGCCAAGCUUUCCAAUGGGAACACAGAUGAGCCCUUCAAUGCCUGUCUACGGGGGCACUCCCAUGAUGCCAACUAUGCCAGCCAUGAUGAUGCCUCAGCCUGCCAUGGCUGCUCCUCCUGUAGCUGAUCCCAUGCAGAUGGCAGCAACGCAGCAGGCUUUUAUCAACCAGCAGGCCGUCCUCAUGGCCCAGCAGAUGACCAUGCAGGCGAUGAAUCUGUCCCAAGAGCAGCAGAAGAAGCUGGAGCAGCAGAGGAAGAAGGAGGAACAGCGGAGGAGGGAGCGGGAAAGGGAGGAGGAGGAAGAGGAGGAGGAAGCCAGGCUGAGGAGACGUCGGUCUGAGCGUCGGUCUGAGCGUCGCUCCAGGCAACGCUCACGUUCACCCUCCCCUCGUGCUGCCACACCCCCACCCGCUCGACCCAAAGCAGUCACUCCUAAACGCUCCUCCACCUACAGACGGCCUGAGCCUGAGCCAGAGACAGAAGAGGACUUACCAGACCCUGAGGGCCUGACCUCUGUCAAAGAGAAGACGAAUUACUUCCAAAAAAUUGGUGAAACCAAACCUACAAGGGCUCGGCCCAGUUCCUUCACUCCAGCCAGACAGCAACGCUCCCCCCCCCCACCAGAACCAUCUCGUCGGUCACCUCCACCUGUAGCACCUAAACCUGGGGUGAGGCGUACUCGCUCCCCCCCUGCCAGAGAAUCUGACCCCCCAAAACCAGCACCGACCCCAGCCCCACUCACCAAGCCCCAAACCGAGCCCACCUCCAACAUCAGGGAAAUCAUCAAACAAUACAACAGUCGACCCGCUCCAGAACCCAAAGCCUAUGAGCCUGUCAGACCACCGAUGAGGCACUUUGUAAAGAAGAGUGAUCCUAAAGAGGAAGCUUUGGCCAAACUCAAAAACAAAGCCCCCGUGCCACAAGGGAAGAAGCAGUGGGCGCCUCCUCCCCCACCACCAGUCCAGCCUAAGAAGCAGUGGCAGCCUCCUCCGCCCCAGUCUCCCUCCCCAUCACCGUCUCCUCCCUCCACCACGGGGCGCCGAGUCAUUUCCAAUGACAUGAGACGGAAGCAGCGCUCUCUGGAGGACCUGUUUGGCUCCCAGCGUUCCCAGCAACCGCCGCCUGCUCCCCCUGAUUCUCCACCUCCUCCGCCACAGCCAGCUCCCAUCCUUCAGAGCAUCCCUGACCCACCGGCCACGGCCGCCCCGUCUCUCAAUGUGAUGCCAGAGGAGGAUGGCAUUCGUUCUCAGAUUCACCGCUUCUAUCCCCGUGCCUACUUCUCUUACUCCAAGAUGCCAGGAAAGUUAUUCCUGCGAAAAGAGGUGUUUUAUCCCAGGGAGAUGUUCAGCAGACCCUACAUCCUGAAUCUGCUCUGUGAACAGAUCAUGCGGGAUACAUACUCCGACAGCUGUUUGAGGAUCAGCAGAGAGGAGAGGAGGAAGAUGAAGGAUCUGCUGGCAAACUUCAAUGUGGGAACGAGUAUCAGCACCAUCCAGGAUGACUUCAUGAAGAAGAGAAUUGUCAUCGCUGCACGAGACAACUGGGAAAACUACUUCACUCGUCUGUUCCCUGUGAAGGUGGAGAGGGGAGAAGCUCAGGUUUUGGGAGUGUCUCAUCGUGGCAUUCGUCUCCUGAAGGUGGUCAGAGCCUCAGGUAUCAACCCCAAACACCUCCGUCUGCUCAGAAGCUACAGUUUUGCAGAGUUGCUAUCAGUUGAUCUUGAAGAUGCAGACAAAGUGAAAUUGGAACUGGCGAGUGAGAACUUAGUGCUUGAGUCAGCGAGAGCUCCUCAGGUCACUGCCAUGGUCCGACUCUUCCUGCACGAGCUCAUUCAGGGCUCAGGUCAUGUGGUUGCAGUGAAGAGUUAUGUGACAGAUGACAAGAGUCUGCUCAGUUUCAGUAGAGGAGACAUCAUCAAACUGCUGCCAAUGGAAGGACGUCAGUCAGGCUGGCAGUUUGGAACCAGAGGAGGGCGCUCAGGUCUUUUUCCUGAAGACCUGACCCAGCCGUCUGCCGCUCCAGACUACCACAGUCUCCACCUCGACCGUAGAGAUGACAGGAGGAGAAGCAUGAGGGGGGAGAGACCUGUGAGUCCGGCUGCGAGUCCACCACAGGGCCCGUCUCCAGCCCUCAUCAGCAGACACAGUGACAGCCCUAAUCCAAGACACCUCAGCGUGCCGGUCUCAGCGCAGAGGUCCGCUUCGAGUUCUGCUCGGGGCUCAAUCAACGAGUCUGAGAUGCUUUCACCUAUGGCUGAGUUUGCUAUGAAAUACUUCCGAGUGGGGACUACAGGUCUACCGUCCACUGGCAGGAAUUUUGCAGAGGCAGUUCAACACACAGAGGUCCUUCUACAGGAGUCCCUCAUUCUCUACAAUGAUCCAGAAAUCAAUGACUUAUCUGUCCAGUGUUUUAUGAACCUGAUGCAGUUCAUGGGUGACAUGCCAAUCAAGAAGAACAACACCCAACCAGAAUGUCUAAAGCACAUCUUACUGCUCGGGAAGGAAAAGGAGCUGCUCAGGGAUGAAAUCUACUGCCAGGUCGUCAAGCAAAUCACCAACAACCCAACCAAAUCUAGCUGUACGAUGGGCUGGCGGCUGUUAAACCUGAUUACCGGGUUCUUCCCCUGCUCUGGUACCCUCCAACCCUACAUCACACGGUAUCUACAAGACAUCUCCCAGGACUACGAACAUCCAUACCAAGAACUGGCCGGUGUGUGCCAGGAUAAUCUCCACUGCUCUUUCAGCUUUGGCGGUCGACGUAAUAUCCCGUCCCACAUCGAGAUGGAAGCCAUUCUGGCUGGAAAAACCUCUCGACGUAUUCCCAUCCAGCUGCCAGGAGGAGUGGAAUUCCCGGUCAAGAUACGCAGCUUCAGUAUGGCAGCAGAUGUGGUGACAGAGUUGUGUAAAGAGCUGGGCAUCUCAGAUCCCAACGAAAUCAAAGAGUUCUCCAUCAUUGCCAAUCGAUAUAAAGAUGACACAGUACGUCCUAUCCAUGCUGAGGAGUACCUCUUUGAUUUCCUGCUGGAUGAUGGCUCCAUCUCCCUCUCACUGAGAAGAGUCAUGUGGAGAACACCUCUGUCCUUCAACAAUGAUCUCUAUGUGGAGUUCCACUUCCAACAGCUCCUGGGCGACUACCUGAACCAGCGGCUGAAACUUGCUCCUGCUGCAGGUGGAUCUGCUUCAGUCCAGCAGCUGGCAGAGCUGGCAGCUCUACAGCAUGUGGCUAUGGGACUGAGGAACCAGCCUUCACUCUCGGAGAUAAAGGAGUACCUGCCGCCACAGGAGGGCAGCAGUAAACUGGAGGAGAUCCACUCCUUCUGUCUGGGUCAGAUCGCCGCCAUGCACGCCUUCAGCCCUCAAGAUGCCAAAGUUCGAUUCAUCGAGUUUCUCACCACUCUGCCUCUGUUUGGAUCCAACACCUUCUUGGUUCAGAAGGUCAGUCAGCGUGGCUGCCCGUCUCCCUGCUUGGUCACCAUCAGUCAGAAUGGGGUGCAGUUCCUUCACCCUAAAACACAGGAACAAGUGUUUCACAUUCCUCUGGCGGACGUCCAGGCCAUGAGGACCAUCCGCCCCAAGAAACAAAGCAAAGUGCCAGCAGUGGACAUCACCUACGGAAACCCAGUCCAUCCCAAAAAAGUCACAGUUCAUCUAAAACAGGCCAAGGAGCUCUGCCACAUUCUGGCUCUGAUAAUGGAAGAGUUGGUCAGACCAGCAGUCAGCAGCUCCAUUUCAAACCGCCACUAGACAAACACAGUAUUGACAAGUUUUGCUAAUCACCAUUUUCUGUAACUGACUUUUUUGUGUUCAACUUUUGUUAAUUUAUCACUUUUCUCUGUGUGAUUAAUAAAAGGAGAUGCAUGACUCACUCUGCUGAUAUUCUCCAGUGUAGCGUUAUCUGUGAGGACAUGACACAGAACUGACAAAUCUGUUGAAUUCUGAUGGAAAGAAUUAUUAUAUGAACAUGUUCUGUUAUAAUUGUCAAAAUGUAAAGUCUUAUAAUUAUUCAUGGUAAAUAUUGCAUAUACUGUAAAUCAAUAAUUUAUGAAGAUUAAAUAUGUUGAGAAUUUCAUUUAAGUGCCAGUGUUUUCUAACCUCAUCUGAUUUAAGUAAAGUUUUUCUACAUAUCCCAUAAAAAUGAUUA